AUGUCGGAACCCAGGAUCGCCUUUCUCGGUGCGGGCCAGAUGGCCACUGCCCUCGCGCGCGGCUUCAUCGAUGCCAACGUGACGCGACCAGAGAACAUCAUCGCCAGCGAUGCGUACGAGCCCCAGCUGCCUCGAUUUCAGAAGGACACUGGCGGCAGCACGAAGACCACGAAAUCCAAUCUCGAGGCCGUUGAGAAUUCGGAUGUGGUGAUCCUCUCGGUCAAGCCGCAGGUCAUGUCCACCCUGCUCAAGGAGAUCAAGGACGCGGUGGCCUCCUCGCCCCAUCUCAUCAUCUCGAUCGCCGCCGGCAUCACGAUCGACACCAUCACCAAGCAGCUGGGCAGCGACACCCGCGUGGUGCGCGUCAUGCCCAACACGCCAUGCCUCGUCGGCAAGACCGCGGCCGCCUUCUCGCUGGGCGGCAAGGCCACGCCGGAGGACGGCAAGCUGGUGGCGCACCUGCUCUCGUCGGUGGGCCUCGGGACCGAGGUGCCCGAGCGGCUGCUCGACGCCGUCACCGGCCUCAGCGGUAGCGGACCGGCCUACGUCUACCAGUUCAUCGAGGCGCUCAGCGACGGCGGCGUUGCCGCUGGCCUGCCGCGCGACGUGGCCGCCAAGCUGGCGGCGCAGACGGUGCUGGGCGCUGCGCAGAUGGUGGUGCAGACCGGCGAGCACCCGGGCGUGCUCAAGGACAAGGUGGCGAGCCCCGGCGGGACCACCAUCGCCGGCAUCCACGCCCUGGAGAACGGCAGACUGCGCGCGACGGUGAUGAACGCCGUGCUGGCCGCCACCGAACGAUCCAAGGAGCUGGCCAAGUCUGAGUGA